CUUAGGCAGAGUUUGGCCCCGCCGCGCCGGAGUGUCCUUAGCGCCGCCGGGCAGCGCGGGGCGCUCACCGAGCGCCGUCCCCUCCGCCCCACCGCCCAGCCCACGAACGUGCUAUGGCUACGUCUAUCCUCGGGGAAGAGCCGAGAUUUGGAACGACUCCCCUGGCCAUGCUGGCCGCCACCUGCAACAAGAUCGGCAACACUAGUCCCCUGACCACCCUGCCCGAGUCUAGCGCCUUCGCCAAAGGGGGCUUCCAUCCCUGGAAACGCUCCACCUCCAGCUGUAACCUGGGCUCCAGCCUCUCGGGCUUCACGGUGGCCACGAGUAGGGGUUCCAACGGACUGGCCAGUGGCACGGGCACCGCCAACAGCGCCUUCUGCCUGGCUUCCACCUCGCCCACUUCCUCGGCCUUCAGCAGCGACUACGGCGGCCUCUUCUCCAACUCGGCGGCGGCGGCGGGCGUGUCCCCGCAGGAGCCCGGCGGGCAGUCGGCCUUCAUCUCCAAAGUGCACAGCUCGGCGGCCGAGAGCCUCUACCCGCGGGUGGGCAUGGCGCACCCCUACGAGUCCUGGUACAAGUCGGGCUUCCACUCCACGCUCUCGGCGGGCGAGGUGGCCAACGGAGCGGCCUCCUCCUGGUGGGAUGUGCACACCAACCCGGGCUCCUGGCUUGAGGUGCAGAACCCGGCGGGGGGGCUGCAGAGCUCGCUGCACUCGGGCGCCCCCCAGGCCUCGUUGCACUCCCAACUGGGCACCUACAACCCCGACUUCAGCUCCCUCACCCACUCCGCCUUCAGCUCCACCGGCCUGGGCUCCACGGCCGCCUCGCACCUGCUCUCCACCAGCCAGCACCUGCUCACCCAGGAGGGCUUCAAGCCCGUGCUGCCCUCCUACACGGACUCCAGCGCGGCGGUGGCGGCGGCCAGCGCCAUGAUCUCGGGCGCCGCCGCCGCCGCCGCCGGGGGCGGCUCGGCCCGUUCCGCCCGCCGCUACUCGGGCCGCGCCACCUGCGACUGCCCCAACUGCCAGUCGGCCGCCGGCAGCGCCCCUGAGGCGGAGCCGGGCAAGAAGAAGCAGCACAUCUGCCACAUCCCCGGCUGCGGCAAGGUCUACGGCAAGACCUCGCACCUGAAGGCGCACCUGCGCUGGCACACGGGCGAGCGGCCCUUCGGAAUGCAAAUAGCAUCGGGAAACGGAUUCUGCUGUCGGCCACCAACUGGAAUAAAGACGUUGCGUUAA